AUGGCACUGACCACUAGAUCUUCUCCGAUCUGGCCGGGCUGCAGCUCUCUGGUUCUUGCCCUCGCCAAACCGGCCGUCUGUGCGCAGUGUGAGGCAGCUGUCGACGCCGUGAAGCCACUGUUCUUUGUUGACCCCCUGGCCACUAUCGUCAAGACACUACGAGACAUGGCACUGGCCACAAGAUCUUUUCCGACGUGGUCGGGCAGCUCUCUAGUCUUUGACCUCGCCGAAUCGGCCAUCGUACUCCUUCAAUGGGGUUCCACACAACGGUAUCCCUCUAACUUCUGGAACAGAGACAACGAGGUUACUCUGUCGACGCCUGGAUCCACGGCACGAAAUGGGUCACCGAGUAUCGUGAGGAGCGUCUGGACAUGCGGAGAUCCAAGCAACUUCGACGUUAUUCACCACGACCCGUUCAAGGGCUUUACAGUAAACGGGACACCCAAGUUCGCCAACUCUAGAUACCACCCCGCUCUCCGGACGCAACCCAAUCAGCAGCAGCAGCAGCCACAACAGGAGCCGCAGCUUCGGCACGGCGGAGACACAGAAGGGGGCAGGGGCAAGGACAGUGCUAAUGGACAGAAGACUGCUGGUCGUAGAACAAAGAAGCCAACUCCCUUCUAUGCUUGUUACAUCGGACUAUCAUCUCCCAUUCUGGACAGAGAAGAGCAGGCUGUUACAGAGCAGAUACUACUUCUGGGACUUUCGGGCCAAAAUGUAGAUUCCGAGACCUACGACGAGGUGGGGACAUGGAAGCGCUGGACUUCCUUGUUUGCGCAGAUGCCUAGGGUCAUCACCACCACCUACUAUGUCAUACGGUCCAUCAAUCCCAUCGAAUCGCCGACACCAGGCAAUCCAAUCGAGGCCGAGUGUGAGCUCUGGGCGGCUUGCGAGUGGCUCAUCUACACGGCGUACACGGCGCUGGAGACGCUGCGACAUCACGCCGUGCACAGGGAACUGCGGCAGCUGCCGAUGGGUGAGCUGUGUCGCAUGGCCUUGUCCGACCAGUUCAGCGUGGAGCGCUGGAACUGGUGGAAGCGCCGCCUCGCCGAGCUGGCCGCCCCCUCCAGCGUCGACGCCGAGACCAAGCGGCGCGUUGCCAAGGCGCUUGCGAGCAUGGAGGCGGCCGAGGCCCUACCCAGUAAAGAAGAAGAAGAGCAGAAGGUAAAGGGGAAGGGGGGAGACGGAGGCCAAGGGGGGGGUGACAAGGCGGCAGCCGAGGCCGGACCUAGUAAAGAGGAAGAAGAGGAGAAAGGAAAGGGGAAGGGGGGAGACGGAGACAAGGGGGGGGUGGACAAGGCGGCGGCCGACGCCCGACCCACCAGUACAGUGGAUGAAAAGGAGAAAGGAAAGGGGAAGGGGGGAGACGGAGACCAGGGAGGGUGGAACAAGUCGGGAGACGGAGACAAAGGGGGGAACGAUAAGGUCGGGGGCGACAAGGAUGGAGAAGCCGAUGGAGGCGGCGAGGAGGACGAAGACGUCAAGGACGAAGACGUCAAGGACGAAGACGUCAAGGACGAUGACGUCAAGGACGAGUAG